AUGAAUAGAAAUACGGUAAAGAAUUUAUUAAUCUUUGGGCAUUUGUUUUUGGUGUUGGCAGUUAAAUCGCAGAGUGUUAAUGAGGAGUUUUGCAAAGGAAAACCAACCGAUAUCGUCUUUAUUCUCGAUUCUUCAUCAAGUAUAUGGAGCGAACACUUUCAGAAGCAAUUAGAUUUUGCUACAUAUAUGAUUGAUCGUCUGCAAAUUGGACCCAAUGCAGACGAGAUCCGAAUUGGGGUAGAAACCUUCAGCGAUUUUGCAAGGAUCCAUCUUAACCUUAAUAAUUUUUUGAAUAAAGCCGUUUUAAAAACGGAGAUCAAUGCAAUACCUCAGUCGUUCGGUAAUACCAGCAUUUCGCGCGCGCUGAGGGUGAUGCGAACGCAGAUGUUUAGGCCCAAUAGAGGUGCAAGACCAAAUGUGAGACACGUGGCUAUCCUUUUAACAGACGGCACCUCUCAAGAUGAAUUUGCAACCCAACAAGAAGCCAGAGCAAGCCGGCGGGCUAACAUCGAAAUUUUCGUUAUUGGUAUCGGCCAUCACAUCAGCAUAUCGGAGCUUAAGGAAAUCUCUAGCCGGCCCCAUUCUAAGUAUCUUUUUCUUACACCCAAUUACAAGUCCUUGGAUAUGAUCCGCAAAGAUGUAAUUAAUAAAACAUGUAGAGACGGGCCAAAUAAUUUCACGGAUGUAUCCUGUAAGGACCAACCGGCUGAUAUUGUGUUUGUCCUGGAUUCUUCUUCAACCAUUGCUUGGAGAGAACACUUUCAAAAACAAUUGAAUUUUUUCAAUUACAUGGUCGAUCAACUUGACAUCGGAAACGGUUCAAAACAGGUCCGAAUUGGAGUCCAGAUAUUCAGUGAUAUAGCAAGAAUCUAUAUUCACUUCAAUGAUUUCAGGGAUAAAGCGGAACUGAAAUGGAAAAUCAAUCAGAUUCCUCAAUCGAUACAUGACAGCAACAUUGCGGACGCGCUGAGGCUUUUGCGAACGAAUAUGUUUGCUGCUAGUAAUCGCGCAAGACCCUAUGCCAGGCGUGUGGCUAUACUUUUAACAGAUCGUACCUCUACAGACGAACUUUCGACCCAGCAAGAGGCGAGAGCAUGUCGGCAGGCUAACAUCGAAAUUUUCGUUAUUGGAACUGGCUCUUGUAUUAAAGAGGCAGAGCUCAGAGGAAUCUCCAGUAAGCCCUAUUCCAAGCACCUUUUUCUUACACCCGAUUACAAUUCCUUGGAUCGGAUCCGCAAUGAUGUAGUUAAUAAGAUAUGUGAAGACGAUUGUAACUCAUACCAAAAGACAGAAGUCAUGUUUAUGAGGAGUGAGAAAAUGAAAACAAGCAAAUAUGUCUUUUCUUUCAUUCUUUUUUCUUUCUUUCUCUUUUCUUUCGUUCUUUCUUUUUCUUUCUUUCUUUCUUUCUUUCUUUUUUUUCUUUCUCUUUUCUUUCUUUCUUUCAUUCUUUUUUCUUUCUUUAUUUUUCUUUCUUUCUUUCAUUCUUUUUUCUUUAUAUCACAUCUUCCUUUCUUUCUUUUUUUUUCUUUCUUUCUUUUUCUUUCUUUCAUUCUUUUUCUUUCUUUCUUUCUUUUUUUCUUUAUAUUACAUCUUUCUUUUUUCUUUCUUUCUUUUUUUUCUUUCUUUUUCUUUUCUUUCUUUUCUUUUUUUUUUUUUCUUUCUUUUCUUUUUUUUUUUUCUUUCUUUCAUUCUUUUCUUUUUUCUUUCUUUUUUUUUUUCUUUUUUCUUUCUUUCUUUCUUUUAUUCUUUUUCUUUCUUUCUUUCAUUCUUUUUUCUUUCUUUUUUCUUUCUUUCUUUCUUUUUCUUUCUUUUUUCUUUCUUUCUUUCAUUCUUUUUCUUUCUUUCUUUCAUUUUUUUUCUUUCUCUUUUCUUUCUUUCUUUCUUUUAUUCUUUUUUCUUUCUUUCUUUCAUUCUUUUUUCUUUCUUUUUUCUUUCUUUCUUUUUCUUUCUUUUUUCUUUCUUUCUUUCAUUCUUUUUCUUUCUUUCUUUCAUUCUUUUUUCUUUCUUUCUUUUUCUUUCUUUCUUUUUUCUUUAUAUUACAUCUUUCUUUUUUCUUUCUUUCAUUCUUUUUCUUUCUUUCAUUCUUUCUUUCUUUUUUCUUUCUUUCUUUCUUUUUUAUAUUACAUCCUUCCUUCUUUCUUUCUUUCUUUCUUUUUCUUUCUCUUUUUUCCAUCCCUUCUCUAUUUUUCAUCUCUCCUUCUCCAUUGCCCUAACUGUCUUUUUUUUCUUUCUUUUUUUCUUUUUUUCUUCUUUUUUUUUCUUUCUUUCUUCUUUUUCUUUCUUUCUUUCUUUCUUUUUUUUUCUUUCUUUCUUUCUUUUUUCUUUUCCGAAUAA